GGAAGUAAAAAUAGCAAAUGUCCACCUAUCUUGUCAAAAAAAAAAAACCCAAGUUUUUCUUGAUUAUUUCUACGGAAUAUUAAUAAAUCCAACAUUUAAAAAUGUUUCAAGAACCUGACUACAGAGAAAACUUAUCAUUGAUGUUAUCAGAGGUUUUACAUGACAUUGGUGUCAAUGAAAGAAUUGUGAUGACAAGGAGAAGAGAAUACAUGCUGACAGAGAUUAUAAGUAAUAUCUUUAACAGGUUAACUGAUCUAAAUAUGACUAACUAUUAUCUAGGGAGUCAAAGUGAAGCUACAACUACUAUAGGACUUCAUUCAGACAUUGAUUUACUAGGCUGUAUGCAUGAUUACAAUAUAAUACAAGACUGGUCAGAGUGGGAACAUGGCAAGAUAAACUACCUCAUGAUACAGGAUGAGAACACUACCCCUGGGUAUUGUUACUUACAACUACUCAGACAUGAUGAACCUCUUCCUGUAACUGUCAUUCCUGAUGCUUACUGUAUUUCUGAUAGAAGAGGAAGAAUAUUGUAUAAAAAUAUAGUGAUAAAUGAUUUACUUGAGGGUGAUGAGCAGCAUCAUGGACCAUCUAUGGCUGAACAAGGACAGCCUGGAUUUUAUGAUAGAGACAAAGUGAUAGCUUUUCCAUUAAAAUCAUGGCCUCAAUCAGCAUCAGGUUGGUUUGAUAGAACAGGUAUCGGCAGAUGGCCAACACAAGAGAUGAGAAGAUAUGCAGCCAGUACUGGGUGUUUUGUUGUUCCAACUGGAAGUAGGGUCAGUGCAUAUCCUGAAUUGGAAUGGAGAAUAUCUACAUCAUUGACAGAAAGAUUUCUCAUGUGCAAUCUAAAUAUAACACAAAUAAGGUGCUAUGUACUAUUGAAAAUGAUUCUUAAGUCCUUCCUUAAUCCUCAAAAUGGAAUCAACAUAUCAAGUUUCAUGUGUAAAACAGUUCUAUUUCAUUGUAUAGAAAACACAGAGUCAGGAAUAUGGAAAGAUAAUAAUUUAUUUACAUGUUUAACAUACUGCUUAUUGGAAUUACACAGUUGUGUACAGAAUGACUGUUGUUCACAUUUCAUUAUAACAGAAAAUAAUUUGAUGGCAGGGCAAUUUACAGCUGAGACAAAAUAUGAACUUUUAAAAAAUAUUUGUGAUUUUAUACAGAAUGAUAGUCAAUGGUUACUAAAGUUUUUGUAUUGA